ACUCGUAGCACCUGAGCUCAGGUAGACUGUCACGGUAUGAGCUCCACGUGAAAGACACGACACGGACAGCACUGAGUGUCCAGCCAGCGGUGGUUCUGAACUAACAGCGACCGAGCGCACUCCAGAAAGUAGAGCUCCGGGCGAACGUAACAGGAAAAUAACAGCUUGUAUUUGAAGGAUUAUCAUGUUCCUUCGCUGUUGUGACUAAAUAUGAAGGGGACGCACGUUUAAAGUUGGAAACGCUGUGGAAGACUGUUGCCGUUCUUGGUGAUGGACACACAGCAGUUCAACAAACUCUGAUAGUGUUUAGCUCCCUAUUGCAUCCAGCAGUCCUGUCGUAGGGGCUGCUGAGGGGGCAGAAACUUAAUGCACUGAACUCAAACAAUGACCGACCCCAUCAUGGACUUCUUUGAUGACCCUAGCAUAUUUGGGGAAGGGCUUGACAGCUUGGUCCAGGAUGAUCCAGGGUUUACCCCUGGGACUGUGUGCUUAGAUGAUGAACUUCACCUGGGGCCUAGUUUGGAGCCUCUUCAGGUGGAUGCAGGCGGGUCCAGAUCUUCUGCAAUCCAGCAUGGGAUACCCUACAGUCAACCUUUGGCUCAUUUUGACACUAUGAAGGCACAGACCUCAAUGGAACAGUCCUUUCCUGGUACAGAAGGAGGUGGCAAUGAUAGAAGAGCAUUUUUGCCACAGCAGCAAUCAUUUCAAGGGCAUACUAUGAACCAAGUCCCCCAGACUAAUGGACGGUUUCUUCACGACAGCCCCAUGUGGGGAAACCAUGAUCAAAAAGGGAAUAACUACCAUCAGCACAAUCAACAACAUCAACAAAUUCAUCAACAACAACUACAGCAUAAACAAUUUCAGCAGCAGCCACAGUUUCAGCAGCAUCAAGCUCAACAUCAACAGUACAGUCAGCCACAUCAACAUCUUCAGCAUAGACAGCACAGACUCAAUCAACACCCAAUCCCAGACCAGCUGCAGCUCCCUCACCAACAAAUAGCCCAUCAAGGCUUGCAUCAUCUUGACAAGACCUAUCAGGAACAUACCGAUUUUUACUAUCAGAGCAGCAUCCCUCAAAAUCAUUCUCAGCAUGGCCACCAUAACUCACUCAAUUUGGAGGGUAGUCCCUUUCACCCUAUGGUUGAGGCCUCAAUGAUGUCUGGGUCUUCUCAGCGACGCAGUGGUUUUCAGGUAGCCCAAGGUGUUCAAGGUUUUACUAAAGAAGGUCCGAGGUUGGAAGACGAUGACCUGGCCUUCCCUAUCCAGUCUUCCCCUGCAACCGAUUCUUUCCCGACUGGCACGGUUAGCCAUGAUUCAUCCUAUCCUACUGGUCAUUACACUCUGACUUCUCACCAUUCCCCUGUAGUAAAUGCAACUCAGUCUUACUCUUCUACCCCAGUCUCUAUGACAGCCUCUUUAACGGCCAUCCCAUCAUCAGGUUCAAAUCGUUUGGAUACUGGUUGUCCUUUUCUUUCAAAUUCUGGAAGGGAACAUCAGCAGCAAAAAGUCCAGAUUCCUGGCAGUCCAGCACAACGAUGCCCCUUGAAUAACUCCAAAUCAGAGCAGGAUCCCUUCAGCUCUUCUAAGGUGUUCCCAGAUGGUCUGAACGUGUUUACCGCAGACUGUCCAUUCUCUAUGGCAGAGCGAAGAAGCCAUGAUGUACUUGGACCUUUGGUUACAAGCCGAAGCUUAAGCAGCAGUAAUGGGUUUCAGGCACUUGAGGAGGUCUUGCUUGGACAGCAGCAUUGUAACAGACUUGACCUGGGUGAAGCUCCUGACCUUUUAGGGGAUGAGCUGUUGCCUCAGCUGGAGGCACUAGACCAGGAAGGGAGCUCCAAUCACUCUUGGAUAAAUGCAGGACUAGAGAAUGACCAUGAAGAUGCGAAGGACGAGGAAAGCAUGGAGGAUGUGCCAAUGGUUUACAAUGCACAGCCUCCUAAGAACACUAAUGGUCCCAACAGCCAGCCGCGGGUACUCAGCCCACUAGUGAAGAGCAGUUCUUCUUCCUCUUCAUCGUCCUCAUACAUAUCGGUGUCAGAGAAGCGGGUGCAGAAGCGGCAGCAACAGCAGAUGGAUUCGUCCCUUUCCGAAGAUAAACAGCAGAAGGCCAAUCGAAUCAUCUCUGAGGCCAUCACCAAAGCACGAGAGAGGGGAGAGAAAAAUAUUCCACGCAUCAUGAGUCCCGACAGCUUCCCGUCUUCGUCGUCGCAGCACCGCAGACACAAGGCUGGUUCCUCCAAGUCCAGAGGCAAGGAUAAAAGCUCCAAGAAGGCCCGGAUUGUGAUGUCAUCCAAGCCCAAGCAAAAGGCUCAAAUUGGGAAAAUUGUUAUAAAGCUUGGAAAGAAAAAGCGAAAGAAGAGCGAUUCCUCUGAAGAGCUGUCUGACAGUGACAGACCAACUCGACGAUCUUCUAAAGAUGAUGAUGAUUCGAAGCGGCGAUCGAAACGGAAGGUCAAGAGGAAGAAGUAUGAGGAUGAUGGUGAGGCUCGAUUGUCUGAUGAAGAAAUGAAGGUCAUCGUCAAAUCCAAGAAGAGCAACUCCAACGCUCACAAACAGCCUGCAGUGCAACUGUUUGUGGAGAACCCGACUGAUGAAGAUGCUGCUGUGGUUGAUAAAAUCAUGGCAUCUCGUGUGGUGAAUAAAGAGGUGUCUCCUGGGUUGACGGUAGAAACCGAAGAGUAUUAUGUCAAGUACAAAAACUACUCAUAUCUUCACUGUGAGUGGGCGACGGAGCAGCAUUUAGAGAAGGACAAGAGGAUCCAGCAGAAAAUCAAGCGCUUCAAGAUCAAACAGGCACAGAAAGCACACUUCUUUGCUGAUAUGGAGGAGGAACCAUUCAAUCCUGACUAUGUAGAAGUGGACCGAGUUCUCGAGGUCUCAUACUGUGAGGACAAGGACACCGGAGAGCCGGUGGUGUAUUACCUGGUGAAAUGGUGCUCAUUGCCGUAUGAAGACAGCACAUGGGAGCUGAAGGAAGAUGUAGACCAGACUAAGAUCAAAGAGUUCAAAAAGCUGCAGGCAGCAAAACCACACACCAACAGAGUGGAACGUCCACCGGCGAGUCACUGGAAGAAGCGGGAGCAAUCCCGAGAGUAUUGUAAUGGAAACUGUCUCAGGGAUUACCAGCUGGAGGGGGUCAACUGGCUUCUCUUCAACUGGUAUAACAGGCGUAACUGUAUUCUUGCGGAUGAGAUGGGUCUAGGAAAAACCAUCCAGUCCAUCACGUUUCUGGAAGAGAUGUAUCGCAUAGGGAUCAAGGGGCCUUUCCUCAUCAUCGCCCCUCUCUCUACCAUCGCUAACUGGGAGAGAGAGUUCAGAACCUGGACGAAACUCAAUGUCAUCGUGUACCAUGGCAGUGUGGUCAGCCGACAGAUGCUCCAGCAGUAUGAGAUGUAUUUCAGAGAUGCUCAGGGUCGUGUGAUAAGGGGUGCUUACCGGUUUCAGGCAGUCAUUACAACAUUUGAGAUGAUAUUGGGAGGCUGUCCAGAACUUAACGCAAUAGACUGGCGCUGUGUCAUCAUUGAUGAAGCCCAUCGGCUCAAAAAUAAGAACUGCAAGCUUUUGGAGGGCUUCAAACUUAUGAGUCUGGAACACAAGGUGUUAUUGACGGGCACUCCACUACAAAAUACAGUAGAGGAACUCUUUAGUCUGCUGCACUUCCUGGAGCCGACCCGCUUCCCUUCUGAAAGCACCUUCAUGCAGGAAUUUGGAGACCUUAAGACUGAGGAGCAGGUCCAGAAACUCCAGGCCAUCCUAAAACCAAUGAUGCUGCGGCGUCUUAAGGAAGACGUGGAGAAGAAGUUGGCCCCUAAGGAAGAGACCAUCAUUGAAGUGGAGCUUACCAACAUCCAGAAGAAAUACUACCGCGCCAUCCUGGAGAAGAACUUCUCGUUCCUGGCUAAAGGAGCUGGCCAAGCCAACGUCCCGAACUUGCUCAACACCAUGAUGGAACUGCGGAAAUGCUGCAACCAUCCCUACCUCAUCAAAGGGGCCGAGGAGAAGAUCUUGGAGGACUUCAAGGAGGUGUAUAGCCCCACAUCUGUAGAUUUCCACCUGCAGGCUAUGAUUCAGUCAGCAGGUAAACUCGUUCUCAUUGACAAGCUGCUCCCCAAGAUGAAGGCCGGUGGACACAAAGUGCUCAUCUUUUCUCAGAUGGUGCGCUGCCUGGACAUCCUGGAAGACUACCUCAUCCAAAAAAGAUACCUCUAUGAGCGGAUUGAUGGCCGUGUACGUGGGAACCUCCGUCAAGCAGCAAUAGACCGUUUCAGUAAACCAGACUCGGAUCGAUUCGUCUUCCUGCUGUGUACUCGAGCAGGUGGGCUCGGUAUUAACCUCACAGCUGCCGACACCUGUAUCAUCUUUGAUUCUGACUGGAACCCUCAGAAUGACCUGCAGGCUCAGGCUCGCUGCCAUAGGAUUGGUCAGGAUAAAGCAGUUAAAGUAUAUCGACUAAUCACGCGUAACUCAUAUGAGCGAGAGAUGUUCGAUAGAGCCAGUCUGAAGCUGGGAUUGGAUAAAGCGGUGCUUCAAAGCAUGAGCGGACGAGACAACAGUCUAGGAGGGGGAGGGCAGAUGCAGCAGCAGCUCUCUAAGAAGGAGAUUGAGGACCUUCUUCGGCGUGGAGCUUAUGGUGCCAUCAUGGAUGAGGAAGAUGAGGGGGCUAAAUUUUGUGAAGAGGACAUUGACCAAAUCCUGCAACGCAGAACCAAGACCAUCACUAUUGAAUCUGAGGGACGGGGCUCCACCUUUGCCAAGGCCAGUUUUGUAGCUUCAGGGAACAGAACAGACAUCUCUCUGGAUGACCCCAACUUCUGGGACAAGUGGGCCAAGAAAGCAGAGAUCGACAUGGAGACGGUCAAUGGCAGAAACAGUCUGGUGAUCGACACCCCUCGUGUCAGGAAACAGACCCGGCCGUUCAGUGCUACUAAGGACGAGCUGGCCGAGCUCUCUGAAGGGGAGAGUAGCGGAGAUGACAAACCCAAACUCCGCCGGCCACAUGAACGCCUCAACAGCUAUGGCCGCACAGAGUGCUUCCGCGUGGAGAAAAAUCUGUUGGUGUAUGGGUGGGGCCGCUGGAAGGAUAUCCUGGCUCACGGGCGCUUUAAGCGACAGCUGAGCGAGAAUGAUGUGGAGUGUAUAUGCAGAGCACUCCUGGCAUACUGCCUCGUUCAUUACCGUGGAGAUGAUAAAAUCAAAAGCUUCAUGUGGGAUCUGAUCGCUCCCACAGAGGACGGCAGGACCAAGGAACUUCAGAACCAUUUGGGUUUGUCUACUCCAGUACCACGAGGCCGAAAAGGAAAGAAGAUGAAAACUCAGUCUAGCUCAUUUGAUAUCCAGAAGGCCGAGUGGAUCCGGAAACACAACCCAGAACAUAUGUUGUCUGAUGAUGGGUACAAGAAACACCUGAAACACCACUGCAACAAGGUUCUGCUGAGGGUCCGAAUGCUGUACUAUCUGAAACAAGAGGUGAUCGGGGUACAUUGCCAAAAAGUACUGGAUGGGGCAGAUGUCAGUGAGAUAGAGAUCUGGGUUCCUGAGCCGGAUCAUUCAGAGAUGCCUGCUCUGUGGUGGGACAUGCUCUCGGACAAAUGUCUGCUGUUAGGAGUCUUUAAGCACGGUUACGAGAAGUACAACACUAUUCGUGCAGAUCCAGCACUGUGUUUCUUAGACAAGGUUGGGCGGCCAGACGAGAAGGCCAUCGCUGCUGAGCAGAGAGGAAAUGACUUUAUGGAUGGAGAUGUGGAUGACCCUGAGUAUAAGCCUGCUCCAGCCUUGCUGAAGGAUGAUAUGGAGGAUGAUGCAUCCUCCCCAGGGGAGCUGGUCAUCACUGAUAUAGGCGGAGAAGGAGGUUCUGUAUUAGAGGGUGGCGGUGGGACUCUGGGUGCUGGCUCAGGGAUGUACUGGCCCUCACCCUCUGUGCUGACGGCCCGACUGCGGCGUCUGAUCACCGCGUCUCAGCGCUUCACCAAGAGCAGACAGAUACUUCAGAUCCACCAGACACAGCAGGCCAUGACCCCUACCCUCUACCCUCUGCCUCCAACGCUCAGCGACACACUCAGUCCCAAAAUUGCUGCCAAAAUUGAAAGACAACAACGGUGGACGCGUAGAGAGGAGGCGGAUUUCUAUCGCGUGGUUUCAACAUUUGGGGUAGUGUUUGAUCCAGAUUUGGGCUGUUUUGACUGGGCCAAGUUCAGAGCCAUGGCUCGACUGCACAAGAAAACUGACGAGAGUCUACACAAGUACCUGUGUGCCUUUAUUGCCAUGUGCAGGAGAGUCUGCCGCCUUCCUGCUAUAGAGGGAGAUAUGGUGGAUUCCUCUCUUGCUAUUCAACCUAUCACAGAGGAGCGUGCCUCCCGUACCUUAUACAGAGUGGAGUUGCUGCGGAAGAUAAGAGAACAGGUGUUGCGUCACCCGCAGCUUUAUGAGCGUCUUGCACUGUGCCAGCCAGGACCGGAUCUUCCAGUGUGGUGGGAAACAGGUUCCCAUGAUCGCGAUCUUCUUCUUGGGGCAGCCAAACAUGGAGUCAGCCGAACAGACUACCAUAUCCUCCGUGACCCGGAGCUCUGCUUUAUGGUGGCACAGAGGAACUACAGCCAGAACAAGGGAAGUGCAGCACAAGUCCAAGCCCAAGCCCAGAAUCAGACACCUUCACUGGGGCAAUGUCACAUCCCAACUCCCCUCCAGCACAUCCAGGCUAAAGAGGCUUCUAUUUCACCCCUUCAAAACCAAACUGAACUAAAGGAGGAGCCACUGUCAGAGGGAGAGGAAGAGAGUGGAGAACAAUUUCCCAAGAUGGAGACGCAACCUAUCAGACCACCAACACCUUCAGGAGUGGAUGAGAAAGAUGACAUCCCCAAAGCGGGAGAGAACGCGAGCCGGAUGGUAGCAGCCAGAACUAAACCGCUAACGCCAAACUCAGUUACUCCAAAACAGAAGAAACUGAGUAAGCGGAGCCGCAGAGAGGCCAGGAGGGGGUCGGGAUCUGACUCGGAUGGCUCCUCGUCCAGCUCUUCGUCGAGUUCUUCAUCAAGAUCUUCUUCCUCAUCCUCGUCUUCAUCACGGUCUGGAUCCAGUUCCUCGUCUUCCUCCUGUUCUUCAGGCUCUUCGUCUUCAUCGUCAUCGUCUUCCUCAUCUUCAGAAGACAGUGACAGUGAGGAAGUACCAAAGAACGUGUCAACAGUGCCUAGUGUUAAAGGCUUCGACGAAGACAGCAUUGCCUCACUCAACACCACACAAGAUGACCUGCAGGACAGUCAUGUGACCAACGGAAUCUCUAACCCUCCCCACCCUUUCCAGGGAGGUUAUAUGCUUGCUGCCUCCUACUGGCCAAAGGACCGUGUCAUGAUAAACCGGUUGGACAGUAUAUGUCAGGCAGUGUUGAAGGGGACAUGGCCAGGGGUUCGUCGUGCAUACGAAGGCAAUGCCGUGACUUCUUUCUACACCACCAAACUCCUGGACAACACAUCCACGCUCACAGAAGACCCUUCAGCCUCCCCUCAGGGUUCAAAGGUGAAGAAGCACGAUGCAGACAGAGAAAAGGAGUUCUCAGUCAAAAUCAAUGACCAGGAGGGCAGCCUUAAACUGACCUUCCAGAAACAAGGUUUGCCUCUGAAGCGCCCCCUGGAGGGUGAGGAGGGACCUCUUGCCCAGCAGCAGUACCUAGCCCGGCUCCAAGAAUUACAGAACGCGUCUGAUACCAGCCUAGCAGAUUACACCAAAAUUCAGAACCGCUAUCCACAAGUACUGCCAGAGCAAAUGCGACUGAAUGGAGCUAUAGAUGGACAGCCCGUAAUGAAGAAGAAGAGAGGACGACGGAAGAAUGUGGAGGGGAUGGACCUGCUGUUCAUGAACAGAAAUGGACUUCCUUUGAUGCCAGAGCAGGUUGCCGGUACAUCUGCUCCCCCUGGACUGAGCACACCUCAUGGGCUCAGCACUCUUGAUACAGAUAGUCGCGUUCCUGUCAUUAGCCUCAAAGAUGGGACGCGACUAGCUGGAGAGGAUGCGCCAAAACGGAAAGAUCUUGACCAGUGGCUUAAAGAACACCCAGGCUUUGUGGCAGAUGUUGGAGCUUUUAUUCCUAGUGCAAACAAGCUGCAGUUUCAAGAUGACAGACCAAAACAGAAGAGACAUCGCUGCAGAAACCCCAACAAAAUUGACAUCAACAGCCUGACUGGAGAAGAGCGAGUGCAGAUCAUCAACCGGCGAAACGCUCGCAAGAUUGGUGGUGCGUUUGCUCCCCCUCUGAAAGAUUUGAGCCGGUUCCUGCAGGAGAAUCCAGAGUAUGGGGUCCCACCAGAGUGGGCUGAUGUUGUUAAACAGUCUGGUUACCUUCCUGAAAGUAUGUUUGACCGCAUCCUGACCGGCCCCAUCGUUCCUGAAGAAGUGAGUCGACGAGGUCGACGUCCCAAAAAUGCUUUGGCUAGAGCAGCCACUAUGGCCAGUCCCGGUUCCAACGCUGCCCUGGGGCUCAACCCACUCCUAACAAACGGCCUCCUCGCCGGGCUGGACCUGCCUAGUCUCCAAGCUCUUCAGCACAACCUCCAGAGCCUCCAGUCCCUCCAACUCACCACUGGCCUCAUGGGACUGCCUCACGACCCUACCAACAUGGCCGCCAUGUUUCCGAUGAUGCUGUCUGGAAUGACCGGGCUGCCGAACCUCCUCGGAAUGAGUGGUGUCCUCGGACAACAGGAAGCGGCAUGUGUCGCUUUGAGUGAUGAGGACAGGAAAAGGAAGAGUGUUGGAGAGUCCGUGACACCCAAAGGACCAGCUGAGACUUUAAGUCCUUUGAGUGGCAAAGCGGACAGGACAGAGGGUCAAAGCUCCAAAGCGACCGCCUCGAUGGCCGCCAACUCAAAUCAAACAAGUUCUUCUGAUUCAGGCCACCCACUGGCUCUCAACCCCCUUCUCCUCUCUAGUAUGCUCUACCCAGGGAUGCUUCUUACUCCAGACCUUAACCUGCCUGUGGCCAACCAGCCGCAAGCUGCAAACACUCAGCCAACCCCACCGCUGCAAACUUCUUCCUCUGAAGCCACGGCUCAGCUGCCCGGCCACUCGGAGGACAAAGACAGCGAUGAUGGGGAGGAGUCAGACGAAAAGAAGGAUACCAGUGGUCCAGAGGGCUCGGCGAAGGCGGAGUCAUCCUCCUCCGAGUCCGACAGCUCCUCCUCGUCAUCAGAGGAUUCCGAUUCCAGCGACGAAGACUGAGUCUUUAAACAUGUAUAAAUAAAUAUUAUAUAUUUAUAUACAUCUCUUAGAAAUGUAUACAUAUAAACACAUAUAGGAGUUGUCCUGCAUUUACUACAUCAUGUUUUUUUUUUUUUUUUUUUCCAUGUAAAUAUAAUAAAUAAAUGUGUUGUGUAAUGAAGAUGAAAAAAAAAGGAGAUCCUAGAGAAACUGAAAUGAGAUUUCAGUGUUUGUUUAGGUACAAUGUCGUUUCAAAGAGACGUUUUGCAUGUGAAAAAAAAAAGAAGAAAAAAACCUUUGUGGAAUUAAUUGUAUUACACCAUGAUGUACAUCUGCAACAAACACGAAGCAAAAACUAAAAGGCAUUAUUGUUAUAGCUAUGUCAGGGUUUAAUUUUAUUAAAGAAAUGAGGAUGCUGUCGCUCACUGCAGAGCUUUAUAAUUAAUAUAUUUUGUUUUGGGAGAAAGAACACAUGGAUUGCUUGGGUUUCAUUUGUAAAUACUUGAGCAGGAUCCUGAACACAUAGACUUCACAGAGCAUACCUACAGAUCCACAGCAAUAACACACAGGCAGCUUAUGAAUGUCACUGAAGCUGUAGAGACCCUGCGUUCGUUCGUUCGUUCGUUCGUUCUUUCAUUCAUUCAGUCAUCCAUCGCACAAGUUCUUCUUCAUUCACUUCUCUUGAGAUUUGUGCAUCUGUUUACUGUCCCGGACACUCUGCAUUCUGCCCGAGGUCUGUUCUUCCUUUCUUUCUUCCUUUCUUUCUUUUAAAUUCUCUUCAUACAGCUAUUUUACCCAAAGAUUUGAGUUUCGUGGUGCAGGCGAUCCAUCUGGUGUACAGUGACGUCUACAGUGAUCCAGACAUUCUUUUAGGAACACAUUCCUUACAAUGCCUGAAAUCAGUGUCCGUGCAUGUUUUUCCAGCAAACAUCACUGUUCUUUUUCAGACCACUUCUUUCACAUCCAUAUAUUUGUGUUUCUUUUAGCGUUCAGUGUGUGUGUGUGUGUGUGUGUGUGAGAUGUUCUGUGCAUAUGAACACUGUUGCCUCAAUUUGCAUGAAACUCUAUGUGUCCAAGGUCCUGUUGGUCUCACGUAUAACCCCCUUGUGACAAACAGCAGUGCGUAUAUCCUCUCUUUUCCACAGACUGCUACAGUAUUGCCAUGUUAGCUGGUAAAUCACCCACAUUUGUAAUCAGUGUGAGAGUAUUGAGAGGAAUUCAAGUAUUUGCAGUAGUAUUUCAGUUACUUGAUCAGCACACAUGAGGUCCCCAGAAUUGAUAGUAGUUUAAAUGUUAUAAAGGUCAAAAAUCCCAUGUUCCUUUAGUCUGACAAAACAGGUCUGUGCUUUUGCAGAUCCACGUAGUCGCCUCGCUGCAUUUAGAUGUACAUGACUGAUCUAGAAGUGUCCUUAUGCCAUACUUCAGUGUCUGUCUCUCAUGAUCUGUCGAAAUCCAGCACCUCGGCCAACACAUUGAACCUCACUGGCGUUUUGAAUCAGGAUGUGUAUGUGAUUUAAUUUCUGUUACAUGUGCUGAUGUGCUUGUUCUAGACUGUUAGGCUCAUUUGAUUCAUGCGAGUCUCUGCUGCAUCCCGUUAGUUCAUAUUCAGGUUUGGCUACUGAAGUUUUCCAUUUGUGAUGCAAAUUUCUUCGGGAUGCACUGCACAAUGCAACUCUAUUUACCCGUCUCACUAGUGAACUCCGUUAUAUUAAUGGUCUUGAUUUCAAUCAUGUUUUCACACAUGUAGGCCCUCUCUCUUAUCUCUCAGAGUGUAAUUUUGCCUCAUUAGAUGUUCUGAAAGCCGUCUCCUCUCCACUGUGGCAUCAGAUUUCCCUCUUUCCAGUUUUGAAACUGUGUACAGGUAUUGCUGCUUUCCACUUCUUCCCAAAACCACACAUAAAACCUUACAUAGUUCCUCUUUUUGACCGCGUUAGCAUCUCGUUCAACUGAAUGGAGUUCUGAGGAGAAUUGCAGGUUUGACUGAGAAUUGGACAUUUAUGUUGAUUUUCUUUCCUUUUUUAUCCUAUGUACAUUGAAUCAAUAUUUUGGUUGUCUUUCAUGUUGCAGUAUGAACCGCUGGACUACUGACCAGAAUCAGGGCAAGAUUUGCCGUUGUGGCACAAAGACAAUGACAUCCACCAUGCAACAGCAAAUGAAAAUAGAAAUACACUACUGCAAAUAAACGUUUGCUUUCAAUUAUUUGAAUGAUUAAAUUGA